GGGAGCGGGAGGCCGAUGGUAAGCGCCCCGAUGCUGAUGUAAACAGUGGUGCUGUCAUGAGUGGUUGAAAGUGUGUUUCGUGUAAUUGCUCCAUUUUGGAGGCUAUUCUUCGACUAAUAUGGAAGAAAAAGAUAGAGAUCCAGCUGCUCUCCAUGUCAUCGUUGUGGGAUUUCAUCACAAGAAAGGGAUGCAGGUGGAGUAUGCCUACCCACCAUUGUCCGAGAGUGAUGACUGUGAGCUGCCUGACUUGUGGCGCCACUUACCAUCCCUCUGUCUCCCUGAUGGUGCCCACAACCAUGAAGCAGAUACUGUCUUCUUCCACCUGCCGCAUCUCACAAAGCCAGAUCAGACUGUAUAUGGAGUAUCCUGCUACAGACAGAUAGAUGCAGAGAAAAUCGCAAACAAAAGUGCUGACAUUACCCGAAAUACUGUGCAGAAAUCUGUGUGUGUUCUGAGUACACUUCCUAUAUAUGGAUACAUACAGGAACGUCUACAAGUUACAACAAAGGUUUAUUUCAAGGGAGCAGACUUCUCAGAUGUGCAAGACUUGAAGGGGCUUUAUCAGGACCUUAAUUCUACAAACUGGAGGGACAAGCUGGCUCAUGUUGAUCAUGAGGAUAAAUAUGGGGUGUUUGUAUCUGAUGCCGUGAGGGUGUUUGGCCGAAACAUCUUGGUCCUGUUCAAGUUGAUACUCUUGGAGAAGCGAGUGUUGUUCUACCACAGUCCAGUGGGUCCAUUGGUGCGCACUAUCACCUCCCUCAUGGCUCUCUUCCCUGACAACUUCCCCAAUGGCUUGGCUCAUGCUGCUUCAAUGAGGUCACGAGGUCUUCUGGGCCUAGCCCCACUACUGCCCAACCCAGCUGAAGCUGAUUAUAAGGAUGUGUGUUAUGCUGAAGAUGCUCUCACAACCGGGGUUGGCAGUAAUGAAGCAGAUUGUAAUGUGGAGGAACUUAAAGCAGAUGAAGCUGAAAAAUGUGGUUUUGCUGCUGAAGACACCACUGAGGCAAUGCAAGUGACAGAUAUUGCUAAGGAGGCAGAUCCAAGUGAAAGCAGCUUAAUCCUGGGAAGUGAUAAAAUAGAAGAAGAGUCUGAACCAAGCAAGAUCAUUAAUGUUACCAAUGAAGAUAGCAUGCAUCAUGUUGAGCUGUCGACUGACUCUGCUCUGUCAGCAAGUGACGAUCUAAGUGAAAGGCGCAGCAGCAACUCAAGUCUCACAUCUGUCACCUCCCGAGGUUCCAUCAUGUCUCCUCCUGAGUUUAAUGGAGCAGCUGCACCCACCACUGCUGCAAACAUUACCACCAAAAUGGUUAACCUGAAGGGUAAAUUAAGUGGAGCCUUCAGUUACUGGACAGGAAAAGAAAAGACUCCAGCACAAGAAAAACCAUCUGCAACUGCCACUCCAAAUCCAUCUCCAAGUGAACCAGGAGAUGAUGUUCCCCUCUCCCCCACCACUGGAGGCUCACUCUCCCAAGAUUCUGCACUUACUGAAACAGAUUCUUCUGUUAACCUUUGUCAGUCUCCUCCAGAAAAGUUUGCUGCUCUUGUGCCAUCAGAUUGUGGUUUGCCACUUGAAAUCUUUACUAAAGGAAACUUGCUUCACCCGUACCUCUCAUUACAAUAUCUAGAUGUCCUGAGUGCUCCUACAACCCGAGCUUUCCUUGUUGGAGCUUCAAACACUCUCUUCAUCCAUAAGAGGCCCCUUUAUGAUGUCCUUGUUCAACUAGAGGAGGGCAAGAUUGAAAUCCCAGAUCCUGAUCUGAAGCGACAGCUAAGCCUUUCUAUGGAAGACCUUCGCUUUGCAGAAAAUAUUGUUCGUCAGGUUGAGGCUGUCAGUGCAACUUUGAAUACAAACAAAGCCCCAAAUGGUACACAUCCUGCCAUCAACCAUCCUGAUGUGUUCCUUGAGGGAGUUGGUUGGGUAGGUGGGGAGGAAUGGCUCCGCUACCAGUUUAAAGUUUAUCUACUAUCUCUUCUGCGAUCAUCUGUCUGUCCAGAGGGAAGUAGGGAGUAUGAAGUUUUCAAUGGAAACUUCAUGACAGCAUGGAAAGGCACACAUAAUUUCCGUGUUUGGGUCGCAUCUGGUCCCUAUACCUCAUUGAUGGAGCUAACACCAGGCCACCCACAUGCUGGUCAUCUCUCCAUGACAGACAUGAGGAUAAGGCUUUCACACACUAUUCAGGGCCUUGACAAAAGCCGACGGAUAAAUCAAACACUUGCCACAACUGGUACAGCUGUGGUUAAGACAAAGGAAGCUGUUGGCGGUGCCCUCACUUCCGCACGAGGUGCCAUCAGUCAUUUGUGGUCAUCAUUCACCACCACAAACAACAGCACAACUACUGCUGAUUCUCCUUUGGCUGAGUCAGCCAUAGAAGUCAUUGAAACACAAUAUAUUGAUGCACAAGAGCAUUCCAAUGCCAUGCCAGCAGCAGAGGAGGCAGCCAAAUCAAUAAAUGAGGACAAGCUUGAGGAAGGCACAAACAUCACUUUGGCAGAAUCUGCUCUAUCAUCAGACAUGACAGCAACACAGUAGCCAAAUGUAAUUUUGUAUGUGCACAAUUCUCAUAGUCUUAAUUUGUUCUAAAUAUAUUUUAAGGUAAGUAUAAUCUCACAUCCAAGAAAUAUUGAUCAUGCCAUUAUUUAUUAUUUUCCAGAGUAAUAUUGUAUAUAUUUCAGGAUUAUGAAUACUACAGCAUAUAAAUAUUAUUUGUACACAUAAGCAAAUAGUUUUUAUUUAUUUUUAUUUUAUUUUACUUUUUAAGGGGAUCCUGGACUUACUAAUGUAGCUAUUUUGUAUAUCAUGAGUUAGAGUAAAGAAAAAAUAUAGGAUGAAAAGUCAUCUGCCUUGAAUUUUGUUAAGAAUAUUUUCAGGUUCUCAGGCAAUUCAUCAUAUGUAAUUAAUUGGUGACUGCACUAGACUGAUAAACUGAAUAACAUUGCCCUUUGUUUCUCUGUUUCUAAUAUUUUUCAAGCAGUUCCUUAUGUUGGGGGAUGACAGUUGCUAAUAUCAUUUAUUUAUUUUUUUAUUUUUUUUUUUAUGAAUUAUGUAUGAUCAUGUCAUGACAUUCAGAAGGAAGAGAUUUUCCAUUUGAUAGGAAAUUUAAGGGAGAUUAUUAUAUAUAAUAAUACUUUGGUGCUUUAUCAUUGUCAAAAUGUGUCAGAACCUUUUCCUGAUUAUUUAUAAUUUAAUGUUUUGAAGCAAAGAUCAUGAGGCAUUUGUUGCUUCUUCAACUCAUGUAGGGAAAGAUUCAUCAUUCUGUUAAUUACCAUGUACUGUACCCAUGGUAUGCUACUCUAGAAUCCCAUUUAACCAAACCCAAAUACUUCACUGAUCCAAAUUUAUCCUUUUUUUUUUUUUUUUUUUUUUUUUUUCAAUAAAACUAAUCAAUGUACUAAAAAUGGGAAAAAAAUUCCAGUUAAAUCACUCACAUAUCACUUGAUAGAUGUUUCAUCAUUGUGCUUGCAGGGUUGGUUAACCAUGCACACUUAUCAUACCUACACAACUAUCCUGUUCAUUUACUUAGUUUCACCUGUUUUAUGCUGUGCCAUAAAUAGUCAUACUAAAAGUGAUCCAGAAAACUUAAAAGGAUAGAAAGAGGCAAUAAUUAAAUGAUAGAAGCAAAGAGUGUACAUUAACUAACUUACACAUAUAGGUCUGUAUAGGUAUGGAGAUGCAACUACAAAUGUAUAACUCAGGCCUUGUAUACUGUGGGUACAACUAGUUAAACACACACACACACACACACUUGUAAUGUUAUCACAGGGUUAGCCUUUAUGGAGAGGAGCAUCUAACAAGGCCAGACCAUUAUUUAGUGAUCAUUGGUAUGUAUGGAAAAUUUAUUCUUUAUUUAUUAAAAGUAGAUUCUAGUCAUACAAAUUUUAGAUUUUUUUCCCAGCAGACUUUUCCAUCCUAUUGAGUUAAAUGGGAUUCUCAUGUAUCUUGAAAGGUGUAUGUUAUAUAUAAAAAAAAUCAAAGGUUGUGUGGGCAUCAGGACAGCUAGUAACUUUUGCCAUAGAGAUAUGUUGUGCAGUCCUUUUUCUCAUUAAUGUCUUGACAUCCAUAUCAACUUGGGAGAGUGCUGUCAUCCCUCAUAUGAAUUCUGUUUCAGAACUUUUUUUUUUUAUAAACAAUAUCAAAGUUUAAUGAUGUAUUUUAUUUAAGGUAUUUGAAGUAACAUGUGUACAUUUCAGUAAACAAGCUUCUUUCUCAAAAAAUAUCAUAUAGGAUCUGUAAUUUUACUAGCAUUUCAAUGGAAGAACCCUUGAAAUGUUCAGAAUUACUAACAGAUAAUCAGAAAAAUUGAAAAUGUCUUCUCUGAGCUUGAAUUUUUUUUAAUACCUAAGCUGACAAUACUGCAUCAAUCACAUCACUUUAGUAUAGUCAUCCAUUAAUGUCAAUUGCUUGUAUUAUUGAUGUAUAAGUAAAUGAUAAUAGUCAUUAGCUCUACUUAAUUGUUACAUUUUUUUGAUAAAGAAAAUUCACUGCCCAUACGAUGACGAAGAUAUUCAUGUACAUUAACGAAUGUUGCACUUUUUAGUGGAUAUGUACUUGUGUAUAAGCUUCACUAGUCAUUCCAGCAUUAGAGCUAAAUAAGUAACCAUUGCAUUCCUUUUAUUAAGUCUAGUCAGGUAUAAAUAAUUGGUGUAAGAAAUAUAUAGGGAGUAUUGUUAAGAUAUUUGAUCAUGCAGUACUAGACCAAGACUGCUUGAUAAAUUUUAUUUCAUCAAACAAUGCAAUGACAAAGAGUUACAUAACAAACUGUUGUGGUCCAUACAUAUCCUGAGCAAAAAUUUGUACUUAGUAUGCAGAUUUAUUAUUUAAUCAUUGUACAUUUUUUAUAAUAAGAUACAUAAAACAUUAUAUAUAUAUAUAUAUAUAUAUAUAUAUAUAUAUAUAUAUAUAUAUAUAUAUAUAUAUAUAUAUAUAUAUAUAUAUAUAUAUAUAUUGCUGACUGAAGAAUAUAUAUAAAGACACAUGUAUUUGUACAAAAACUCAGAUUUUUGCUUCAGUGGUACUUCUUUCAUCUAAUUAUAUUAUUACAUUCAAGGGGAAAAUUCUAUAUAUUUCAUUACAGAAAAGCAAUUAAAAGUAUUUAUAAACUAUCAUGAAAACAGUAUAGAAAUGUCUGUAAGUAGAUCAUUAAUUUGACUAUUUUUACGAUUACAUCCUGCUGUUUUCAGUGUUUCCGUUGUGCUUCCAGAUGUGUUAAUAUAUGAGUCAUAUUCCUGAA